AUGGACGGCACGAAGCUCCCCGAACUACCGGACCUCAAACUCCAAGAGGGCGUCAAGAAAGAAGAUGUCGACGCGGGGAAGUUGACGGCCGAGUGGCUCUCGAAACUCGAGAAGCGGUUCGCCGAGAAGACGUUUGCGGGGUUGGGAGAUUUGUUCAUCGACAACUGCUGGUGGAGGGACAUCGUCGGCCUCUCGUGGGACUUCACCACCAAGCAUGGACAGGAGGCGAUCGGCAACUACCUGGCGACGGCGGAUCACGGGCUCUCGGCGCUCCUGCCCCGGAUGGCGGGCGGGUUGCAGCCUUUGCUGGUCGAUUUUGGCGGGCAGGUCUGGAUCCAGUCUGGGUUCACGUUCAAGACGCCGCACGGCGAGGGUAAGGGGCUGCUGAAGCUGAUGAACGUCGGCGUCGGGGAGUGGAAGGCUUGGACUGUUUUCACGCAGCUCGAAAGGCUUGAUUACAUGGACGAGUUGGAGAAGGAGAGGGCUGCUUGUGUUCCGCCGGCACUGGCGCCCGCCACGAACGGCGUGAACGGGCACGCUGAGGCGGAAGAUCCGCAGGUUUUGGUCAUUGGCGCAGCUCAGGCCGGGUUGAUGCUGGGCGCGCGCCUCCAGCACAUGGGCAUCAAGACGCGUCUCCUCGAAAGAAGCUCUCGGCUGGGUGACUCGUGGAGGAAGAGAUACCAGAGCGUCACGCUCCACACGCCGACCUAUACAGACCACUGGGCCUACAUGAAGAUCCCCGAGACAUGGCCCCGGUUCCUCACGGGAGACGAGGUCGCCGAGUUCAUGGAGCACUACGGCCAGCUCAUGGGUCUCGACAUCCAGUACGACACCGAAGUCACAAAGGUGACCUACGACGAGGCGGCGAAGAAGUACACCGUUCAAGUCACGACGCCAGAGGGACCGCAAACGCUGCGUGCGAAGCACGUGGUGCUCGCUACCGGCCUCUUCGGCGACGAGCCCAUCAUCCCUGAGUUCAAGGGGCAGGAGACCUUCAAGGGCCAGGUCUACCACUCCAAGCACCACAGAUCCGCCGCCGACGUCCCGGAUGUGCGGAACAAGAAGGUGGUCGUCAUCGGGUCAGCGACGAGCGGCCACGACAUCUCGGCCGACUUCGUCGCGCAUGGCGCCAAGGACGUGACCAUGAUGCAGCGGCGCGCGAUCUACUCCAUCUCGCGUGAAUCCUGGGAGAACUUCAUGCUGGCGUUGUGGCGGAUCGACGGGCUGAGCACGGAGGAGGCGGACAUCGUGGGCAACGCGAUACCGUUGGCCGUUAUCAGGGCGAUGAGCAUCGGGCUAACGAAGAUGAUGGCCCAGCACGACAAGUUUGUACACGAUGGGCUGAAGAAGGCCGGCCUGGCGCUGAAGGAGGGUGACGACGGGUACGGGCUGGCUGAUUAUCAGUUGAUCAAGGGCGGACAGUACUACAUCGACCAAGGGGCGAACGAGAUGAUCAUCGACGGCAGGAUCAAGAUCCAGAGAUGCGAGGAGGGCGUGAGGGAGUUUGUGGAGGACGGCCUGGUGCUCGCUGACGGGACGAAGCUUGAGGCGGAUGUUGUGGUGCUUGCGACGGGGUUCCAGAAGGAGACAUCGACGAUUGAGAAGUUGAUGGGCUCGGAUGUUUCGAAGAGGUUGCGCAAGUUUGGGCAGUUGGAUGAGGAACAGGAGAGAUCUGGGUGGUGGCGAUCGACCGGUGUACCUGGGUUCUGGUACAUGACCGGCAGCUUCAUGUACUGCCGGCAGUUCUCUGUACCUUUGGCGUUGCAGAUUGCCGCAGUUGAAAAGGGGCUGAACAAGUCUUACUACAAGGAGCAGUGA